GUCACAAGGGAGGGAGAGCGAUCGAUCCUUCCUAUUGCUGUCAGCUUUUGAAUUAUUUGAGCACAUGAGUCACUCAAUUUGCUCAGUUUGUCGGCAUCUUCUCUAAUACACCACUCCAUUCAAAAUGUAUAAACUAUGCCACGAGUUAAACACAUAAAUUGUUUUACACUAGUCAAAUAAACGGGGACUAACACUGGAUUAAUUCAUACAUCUUUAAAUAACCAAGUACAGCAGAGAGAUUUAAAAAUAGACUAUGCCGCCACCGCCUAGUCAAAAUAGCAAAAUUAAAGAGCCGAUUUUCGUAAAGAGCGUGAUACCGAAAAGCCGACAACAAUUGUUGAAAUGGAACGGCUGGGGUUACACUGACUCACAAUUUGUCGUAAAGGUGGACGAACACAAGAAUAUUCAGGUGUAUUUUACCGGCAAAAGAUACCCGAUUGGAGAAGUUACCUUACCUCACUUGGCGCAGUGGGCUAUAGACAAAUUAGACUUAGACCUCACGCAACCUCCCAAACGAUCGCAACCGCCGCCAACAGAAUCUCAGUAUCCAGAAUCAAAAAUUCCCGAGUCAAUUUUACUAAAACUAAAAAACUUCAGCAUUUCUUACUCGAUAGACAUUGUAGAUAGAGUGGUCAGAGCUCAUGGCCAGACAUUACAUGACAUUUAUACUUUAAGAAACUCAGUGUUCGAGAGGAUUCCAGAUGUGGUGGUAUGGCCCACAGGUCACGACGAAGUAGUAAAACUAGUAACUCUCUGCAAUGAUAAUAACAUUGUGUUAAUUCCUUAUGGGGGAGGUACAGCAGUUUCUGGGGCUGUAGAAUGUCCUACAAGUGAACAAAGACCUAUAAUUUCGUUGGACACAUCACAAAUGAACAAGAUUCUAUGGUUGGAUAGGGAUAACUUGGUGGCUUGUUGUGAGAGUGGGAUAGUGGGACAAGAUUUGGAGAGGGAGCUUGGACGGAUGGGUUUUACGACCGGACAUGAGCCUGACAGCUAUGAGUUUUCUAGUUUGGGAGGGUGGGUUGCUACUAGGGCUUCUGGUAUGAAAAAGAAUACAUAUGGCAAUAUAGAAGAUCUUGUGGUGCAUGUAAAAAUGGUGACAGCUAAUGGGGUCUUAGAGAAAGGUUGCCAAGUGCCUAGACUAAGUUGUGGACCAGAUUUCAACCAUGUAAUCUUAGGCUCUGAAGGAUCACUUGGUGUUGUCACUGAAGUUGUGAUAAAAAUUAGGCCGCUACCUCAAUGCAGGAAAUAUGGAUCAGUGGUUUUUCCAAAUUUUGAAACGGGAGUGAAAUAUAUGAGAGAAGUAGCCAAAAGGAGACUACAACCAGCUUCUAUAAGAUUGAUGGACAAUGAUCAGUUCAAAUUCGGCAUGAUCCUGAAACCGGAAGAAAGCUAUUUCGGCAUCAUUCUAGACGGUAUCAAGAAAUUCUACAUAACAAAAAUAAAGGGAUUCGACGUGGAUCAAAUGUGCGUGAUGACUUUGCUGUUCGAGGGUGAUGAAACUGACGUCAAACUGAGCGAGAAGAAGCUGUACGAGCUUGCUAAACAGUUUGGGGCUAUCCCUGCUGGGGAGACUAACGGAGAAAGGGGAUAUAUGUUGACUUUCGUCAUCGCGUAUAUAAGAGAUCUAGGACUGCAAUACGAUGUGGUAGCAGAAUCCUUUGAGACAUCAGUUCCUUGGGACCGAGCUGUAACAUUAGUCAAAAACGUUAAACAGGUCGUAGCACAGGAAUGUCAGCGUCUCGGUAUCACACACUACAUUAUAAAUUCAAGAGUCACACAGACCUAUGAUGCUGGAUGCGUCAUCUAUUUUUAUUUAGGGUUUAACCACCGAGAUCUUGGAGAUCCAGUUGAUCUUCACAAUAGAUUAGAAACAAAAGCGAGGGACGAAAUUUUAGCGAGUGGAGGAAGUAUUUCACAUCACCAUGGUGUCGGCAAAUUAAGAAGAAAAUGGUAUCCCAAAACGGUGUCAAAUGUUGGAUUGAGCCUAUAUUUAUCUAUCAAAAGAGAGCUGGAUCCCAAGAAUAUCUUUGCCACAAAUAACUUAGUUCAGUCAAAGUUGUAACUCACAUGUAGGUGGAAAGCUUAUACCAAAGAUUGUGUAUCGGAAUCACAGAUGUCAAUAACAGUUCAACAAAUCAGGUUUCAUUAUGAAAUGUUAAUUAAAUAAUUGUGUAAAAUAAAUGGCAGAUAUUUAUAAAAAAAAGUGGGAGCCAGCUUGCAUUGUCAGCAUACAUGAAUUCAUGAAUUUCACUCGGAUUUUCCAUUUACACAGUGCAGCAAUGCAUGGUUGCCACCUCAUCUGGUUUAACCUAGCCUAGUUGCCGUUCAAGAAUUCUAAUGUAUUUAUUGUUUUUGCGUGGUCUUGCCAUUGUUCUGUGAUUUCCAAAAUGUCAAAAGUGUCAAAUGUGUGACGCAUCUGUGUUCAUUUUUUUUUACAUUAGGUGAUUUUGGUUACCUGGUAAUCUGUAUUUGUUUUGUUAGUUUUUAAUAAAAAAACAGAAAGGUG